AUGAAUGCAGUGGGAAGACAAAUGCAGAGAUCUAGCUCCACCAGCCACCACCAGCGUCAGUACUCUGAUAACUUUAUUGACACAAACUUCAACAACAAAUGGCUUCAAUCAGCUGGCCUCCAUCGCCUCCAAUCCUCUAACCCUACAGUCCCUCCUCUUCAGGACUUUGGGUUUUAUGCAAAUAAUGGAGGAGGACAGGGUUCAAGAUUCAGAAGGAAUGCGCAGAGGAGUGACAAUGGAGGAGGAAAUGAGGAUCCUCCAACUCCAUCCGCAUGUUCGCGGUCUUCUAGCAUGAGGAAGAAUGGGAGUGGGGAGCAAGUGUCCCCGGGUGAGCUCAGUCCCGGGUUACUUGAUCUGCAUUCCUUUGAUACAGAGCUUUUCCCAGAGAUUCCUACCCAAUACAAUGGAUUUUCACUUGGCCGUGUUCGUGGUAAGAGUUUCGAUGAUUCUGAGCCAUAUGUCUCAAGCAACAAAGUCAUAAGUGGUGCCGGUGGUUUGCUUGAUAAUAAUCUUCUGAAAAGCUUUCCUGCUGAUAAAGAGAAGAACAAUACUGCUGCUAAGAUCAAAGUUGUGGUGCGCAAGAGGCCACUUAAUAGAAAGGAAAUAGCUAAAAAAGAAGACGACAUCGUUUCCAUUGCUCCUGAUACUAAUUCGCUCACUGUUCAUGAAACAAAACUCAAGGUUGACCUAACUGAAUAUGUUGAGAAACAUGAAUUUUGUUUUGAUGCUGUAAUGAAUGAGGAUGUCUCAAAUGAUGAAGUGAGGAGUGGAAAGACUUAUACCAUGCAACCACUGCCCCUAAAAGCAUCCCGGGAUAUUUUUAGAUUAAUGCACCACAGCUAUUGCAACCAAGGUUUUCAAUUGUUUGUCAGUUUCUUUGAGAUAUAUGGAGGGAAAGUUUUUGAUCUCCUUAAUGAUCGGAAAAAGCUUUUUAUGAGGGAGGAUGGGAAACAGCAGGUCUGCAUCGUAGGCUUGCAAGAAUAUAGGGUCUCCACUGUGGAGACAGUCAAGGAGUUGAUUGAGAGAGGAAAUGCCACAAGGAGUACUGGCACAACUGGGGCAAAUGAGGAAUCCUCCAGAUCACAUGCUAUACUUCAGCUUGCCAUCAAGAGAUUGGUUGAUGGCAAUGACUCAAAGCCUGCUCGAAUCAUUGGCAAGCUUUCUUUUAUAGAUCUCGCUGGAAGUGAACGUGGUGCUGAUACAACUGAUAAUGAUAAACAGACAAGAAUGGAAGGUGCUGAAAUUAAUAAAAGCUUACUUGCUUUGAAGGAAUGCAUUAGAGCUCUGGACAAUGACCAGGGUCAUAUUCCAUUCAGAGGGAGUAAGCUAACUGAAGUUCUUAGAGAUUCAUUUGUUGGUGACUCACGCACAGUUAUGAUAUCAUGCAUUUCACCGAACUCAGGAUCGUGUGAACAUACUCUCAACACACUAAGAUAUGCUGAUAGAGUGAAGAGUCUAUCUAAGGGGAACAGCUCUAAGAAAGAUCCAUUUACUUCAUCAUUAAACCUUAGAAGCUCAAGUGCAGUGGCAUUAUCUUCAGCUUUACCAACUCUACUGGGUUUUGAGGAUAAAAUGGUGGAUGCUCCCCAUGAAAUUAACAGAUUUGGAUGGUCUAAACAAAUCGAACGGGAGUCCUCUCCAUCUUCUAACAUUGAGUGUGUUCCUAGUGGAAGAGCACAAAGCAAUUUGGCCUCAACUGCCUAUACAGAUAACAAGGGUCAGAUAAAUGGUCAAGUUGGCAUCACUGUUGAUGAUUUUGAAGGCUCUAAGGAGAUCCUUGAACUAGACAAAUCAUCUUGGAAGAUGAAUAAGAAGGUAGAGAACUACCAAGCAACUGCCUCAGAAAAUAGGUUGAGGAAAACUGGGAUUCAAACAAAACUUAGGAAUAUGCCAGACUUUGAGGCCGACAACCCAGAUUCUGAUGAUGAUCUGAAUGCCCUGUGGAAGGAAGAGGAAGAUCUUGUAAAUGCUCAUCGAAGCCAUGUGGAGGAGACGAUGGAUAUUGUUAGGGAGGAGAUGACGCUGUUGGUUGAAGUUGAUCAACCAGGCAACCAGCUGGAUGAUUACGUUUCUAGAUUAAAUGCCAUUCUAUCACAGAAAGCUGCAGGCAUUGUGCAACUGCAAACACGCUUGGCUGACUUUCAGAGGCGUCUGAAGGAAUGUAAUAUUUUUGUAUCUUCCUCUGCCCAUUCUUAACUCACAGGAGUUCUGGAGUAGCUAAUGAUUGUGGCAAUUGGAAUAUAUCCGGCAGUUAUGUGAUGGAUUUCUUCUAUCUUGUGUGAGUAUUUGGAUAAUAGGAUCUUUAGCAGUUACAGGGUGUGAGGUCUUUGGGAUGUGGAUUUUUGAAGUUUCUUUCCUUCCUUCUGCGGCAUUGAAGUAAUUCCAUUUGCAAUGACAUGCUUUUUGUAGCUGGUGAGUCACACAAAAUAUGCUAUUCAUUGGCAUUCCUCGUGUAAAGCUCUGAGGCAAUAUGCUGUAUAACUACAAAAAUACCCUUGUCGAUACUCAUUAUGGUAUGUGCUUCGAUUGAAUCAUGUUUGGAGUUGCUUGUUUAAAGUCUUAGCGAGCCCGAAUCUUGAAAAGUUGCAUUGCUUUCUAUAAGAUACUGCACAACAUGAAGACAAUGAUGACCACGAGGUAACAAUACAUGUCUAUAGUUUUUGAUCAUAAUUGCAGCAAGGUUGAAGCAGCUCAAUCCCAAGUACAAAACUGAAGACAACAUUAACCAAGCAGAAAUAUUGGCAGCUGCACAAAGGAAAAGUCACAACAAUUACUGCAAGAGAAGCAGUAUGCUGAUCUUGUUCUGCAUAAAAGACUAAAUAUGAAAGUCAAUGGGUAAAUAGAGAAUGGAUUUGUCUUUGAUGUGUAUUGGAGGAAAUGAUUUCAGACUCUGGCAGUUGAUUAAUGUAUAUGUACCUGGUUUUAUAUUAG